AUGCUCGUAAACUGUUCCCGCUUAUCGACUGCUGGCGGUCGAUGCCUUCUCGCAUCGUCACAAAUGGAUGACGUCAUUCAGAAGAGACACAUGGGACGACGACAGCCGAAACAGGGAAAACCGCCAAUUUUGCCGCCGGCGAAGAAGGUUCUCUACCACGUAGUGCACGCUCCAUGGCAAAAACCAGAAGACGUCGAGGAGCUUCUGUGGCGUCGUCACGCCUACAACAACGCUGUCAUCUCACUUCGCGAGGUGUUCCGCGCGGAAAUCGCUCAAAACGCUUCACACGGACAAGGUAUCGAAUCGAUGAAGGAGGCGGAAGCGCUGGAAUUCGACGAGUUAAUCGCUCAGAAUCAGGCGCGAAACGACGAGAAACGGGCGGCACGAGCGGAGAGAGAAUCAGAAGAUACGAAGGAGACAAAGUCGGUGAUUCUCGAGGAGAUUCGUGUGGAACUCGAGAAACGAAAUGCCGAGAAAAAGAGGGCGGAGCAAGAGGUACGUGACGUCAUCGCUCGUUCCGCUGGCUUCGUGAAUCGAGAGAAUCUGGAGACGAAGAUUCUGGAGGCACUCGAGAAGCCGACGAUCUACGAUUUCGCUAUCGAUAGAGCUGGAAAUAAGUACUUUGUGCCGGAACCUGUCAAAUAUCAAGAGGGAACACCGACACGACAGAAGGGACGACUCUAUGAUCAGACACUCGGAACACAGCAUGGAACGAUGGAGGAGGCGGCGUCGAAGAAGCAGAAUCAGCAGAGUUUGUAG